ACGGGGACCCGUCCAAGGGGUCAUCUUUUCGUAGGGUGGGCGGGCUUGGCUGGCUCUUUCCGAGAGGCAGCUCGGACCUGUCUGGGGAUUGCUUUCGGGCCGAUUAAGGGGAAUCUAUGGAUGGAAUCUGGCUGGGCCAAAAGGAGGAGGGUCUGGCAUCCGUCUCAGUUUGGAGGAACGGAUUAGAGGAGGUGGCAGGGAUCGGGACGAUUGGAGCACCUUGGGGCCGUGUCUCUGGGGAGGCUCAGGGACCAGACCGAGGCGGAGGACGCGGCUGGGAUCUGGCAGAGCAUGAGGGCCGGAUUUCGGAAGAAGAGGGUUCUUUGGAGACCGUGCCUGGACCGGGGAGACCACGGGGGCUGGGGCGCUGUCCCGGUCUGGAGCAGGGCCGCUGGAUGGAGAGGUGGCUGGGGCCCUGCCUAACGGCUGUGAGGCUGCCGGAAGCCCCAGGGCUCGCAGCCGGCAGAAGCGGCAUGGGCCGCCCUGGGAUGAAGGCUCCGCGCUGGGCCUGAUGAGGACCUGCCGGGCCCCGCCGCCGCCGCCUCCCAUGGCCCGUUUCCACAUCCCCUCGCCUGCGCUCCCUGGCCCGAGCCUGCGCGGACGGGGAUGGCGCAGCUGGCGGGAACCCCGCACUUGGGCUGCUGUGGAUCGGCGACCCCCACCCGUCCGCCGAGGGCGCUCCCGUCGUGCUGCCGCUGCAGCCACCUCCACGGCGGCGGCUCAGCCCGGGUCUCACACGAGGGCCCUGGCACCCAGCGCUGACCCCGGCCCCUACCUCUGCAGCUCACCUUGCGCCAUGGACUGGCAGCCAGAUGAGCAGGGCCUGCAGCAGGUCCUGCAGCUGCUCAAAGACUCGCAGUCGCCAAACACAGCCACGCAGCGCAUCGUGCAGGAUAAACUCAAACAACUGAACCAGUUUCCCGACUUCAACAACUACCUGAUCUUUGUCCUGACCAGACUCAAGUCAGAAGACGAGCCGACUCGGUCCCUCAGCGGACUCAUCCUCAAGAACAACGUGAAGGCUCAUUACCAGAGCUUUCCGCCACCUGUGGCCGACUUCAUCAAACAGGAGUGUCUCAACAACAUUGGCGAUGCCUCUUCACUCAUCCGGGCCACCAUAGGCAUCCUCAUCACCACCAUCGCUUCCAAGGGCGAGCUGCAGAUGUGGCCCGAGCUGCUGCCCCAGCUCUGCAACCUGCUCAACUCGGAGGAUUACAACACGUGCGAGGGGGCCUUCGGAGCCCUGCAGAAGAUCUGCGAAGAUUCCUCAGAGCUCCUGGACAGCGAUGCCCUCAACAGGCCCCUCAACAUCAUGAUCCCCAAGUUCUUACAGUUCUUCAAGCACUGCAGCCCAAAGAUCCGGUCCCAUGCCAUAGCCUGUGUGAACCAGUUCAUCAUGGACCGGGCCCAGGCGCUGAUGGACAACAUCGACACCUUCAUCGAGCACCUGUUCGCCCUGGCCGUGGACGAUGACCCUGAGGUGCGGAAGAAUGUGUGCCGGGCCCUGGUGAUGCUGCUGGAAGUGCGGAUCGACAGGCUCAUCCCACACAUGCACAGCAUCAUCCAGUACAUGCUGCAGAGGACCCAGGACCACGAUGAGAACGUGGCUCUGGAGGCCUGUGAGUUCUGGCUGACGCUGGCCGAGCAGCCCAUCUGCAAGGAAGUCCUGGCCUCCCACCUGGUCCAGUUGAUCCCCAUCCUGGUAAACGGGAUGAAGUACUCAGAAAUCGACAUCAUUCUGCUCAAGGGGGACGUGGAAGAGGACGAGGCUGUCCCCGAUAGCGAGCAGGACAUCAAGCCGCGUUUCCAUAAGUCACGCACAGUGACACUGCCCCAUGAGGCCGAGCGGCCUGAUGGCUCCGAGGACGCAGAGGAUGACGAUGAUGACGAUGCUUUGUCUGACUGGAAUCUGAGGAAGUGCUCGGCAGCUGCGCUGGAUGUCCUGGCCAAUGUCUUCCGGGAGGAGCUGCUGCCGCACCUACUCCCCCUGCUCAAGGGCCUCCUCUUCCACCCCGAGUGGGUGGUCAAAGAGUCAGGCAUCCUGGUGCUGGGCGCCAUCGCGGAGGGCUGCAUGCAGGGCAUGGUGCCCUACCUGCCCGAGCUGAUCCCACACCUCAUUCAGUGCCUGUCGGACAAAAAGGCCCUGGUUCGCUCCAUCGCCUGCUGGACGCUGAGCCGCUAUGCCCACUGGGUGGUCAGCCAGCCGCCCGACAUGCACCUCAAGCCUCUGAUGACAGAGCUGCUCAAGCGCAUCCUGGACGGCAACAAGAGGGUGCAGGAGGCAGCCUGCAGUGCCUUCGCCACCCUGGAGGAGGAGGCCUGCACAGAGCUGGUGCCCUACCUCAGCUACAUCCUGGACACGCUUGUCUUUGCCUUCGGCAAGUACCAGCACAAGAACCUGCUCAUCCUCUACGAUGCCAUCGGCACCCUGGCUGACUCUGUGGGCCACCACCUCAACCAGCCGGAAUACAUCCAGAAGCUGAUGCCUCCACUGAUCCAGAAGUGGAACGAGCUCAAGGAUGAAGACAAGGACCUCUUCCCCCUGCUGGAGUGCCUAUCCUCGGUGGCCACCGCCCUGCAGAGCGGCUUCCUGCCCUACUGUGAGCCAGUCUACCAGCGCUGUGUCACCCUGGUGCAGAAGACGCUGGCCCAGGCCAUGAUGUACACCCAGCACCCUGAGCAGUACGAGGCCCCCGACAAAGACUUCAUGAUCGUGGCCCUGGACCUGCUCAGCGGCCUGGCUGAGGGCCUGGGCGGCCACGUGGAGCAGCUGGUGGCCCGCAGCAACAUCAUGACGCUGCUCUUCCAGUGCAUGCAGGACUCCAUGCCUGAGGUCCGGCAGAGCUCCUUCGCCCUUCUGGGAGAUCUCACCAAAGCGUGCUUCAUCCACGUCAAGCCCUGUAUUGCUGAGUUCAUGCCCAUCCUGGGCACCAACCUGAACCCCGAGUUCAUCUCUGUCUGCAACAAUGCCACCUGGGCCAUCGGCGAGAUCUGCAUGCAGAUGGGGGCAGAGAUGCAGCCGUACGUGCAGAUGGUCCUCAACAACCUGGUGGAGAUCAUCAACCGGCCCAACACACCCAAGACGCUGCUGGAAAACACAGCCAUCACCAUCGGCCGCCUGGGCUACGUGUGCCCUCAGGAGGUGGCCCCCAUGCUGCAGCAGUUCAUCCGGCCUUGGUGCACAUCCCUCAGGAACAUUAGGGACAAUGAGGAAAAGGACUCGGCCUUCCGAGGCAUCUGCAUGAUGAUAGGUGUCAACCCCGGAGGUGUCGUGCAGGACUUUAUUUUCUUCUGCGAUGCUGUAGCCUCUUGGGUGAGCCCGAAGGAUGAUCUUCGGGACAUGUUUUAUAAGAUUCUCCAUGGCUUCAAAGACCAAGUCGGGGAGGAGAACUGGCAGCAGUUCUCUGAGCAGUUCCCGCCUCUACUCAAGGAGAGGCUGGCUGCCUUCUAUGGGGUCUAGAUGAGCCUCUCGACCGCCAGGUUUCUGUCUGCGUUGUUGGAGGGGUUGCUGGGGAGCACACUGCGUCCAGAAGUCGCCGUGCCCUGUUCGAGGGGGGUUAGGGAGGAGUGAGCGGGACCCGAAUCCAGACGCCUUCCCCGUCCACCUACCUGCCACGGGUGUGUGUGGCCUGCCGGCCAGCGGGCAAGUGGGUAGGGUCUCCACACUCAUCCUGCACACAAGGGAGGGGGGUGGGACUUGUUGGCAGCAAGGGCCCUUUGCUCAAUCGGGUCGCCUCGGGCAGCCCACCUGGGCCAGCCUUGCGGGAGGGAAGAUUCAACACGGCCGACUGAACCCGGCUUAGGAUAAGGCGAGGGGAAUGCAGGCGGGGAGGGGGGUCCUUGUAGAGACACGUACACUCACAUGUACACACGUGGCCACACGCAUGUGCGGCGCCACAGCCAGUCCGGCUGGGCCAGCCGCCCCACCGUUUCCCCGACUGCAUGGAGACAGUAGAAUUAGUGAACCCCUGAGUUAACCCGUAAGGCCUUCCGUGUAACCUGCAUCUAGAGUUUAAGAAGCUUCUGCCGUUUUGCCGGAAUCGGUGACUGGGGAG